AUGCGACAGCCGCCCCCACGCGGACCUCCACCAGGACGGGGCCGAGGUGGCUAUCCAAUGGGUCCAGUGCGGGCAGCUAGCUCAGGCAGAUCAGAUCGACCUGGUAGAGACUAUCCAGACUCCAUGGGCCCAUCUAUGCCUCCGCCACCAAGAAGCGCAACGAUGCCGCUCGCCCCAGGCGCACCAUUCGCGCCAGCCGCGCCCCUCUACCCAGGCCAGUCGACCUACCAAGAAACAGAUUACCCAGCGAGCUCUAUGGCCGAACCCCCUAUGCGUCCUAAUACCGCUGGAAGCAUGCGACCCCCACGAUCUCGUGCCCCCAACGAUAUAGACCCAGGCCUAAUGAUCCCCCCGGCCGGAUUGAUGAUCCCCCCGGAGCCUGCCAAUCGUGUUUCAUAUGCGCCCAAGGAAUUUCUGGACAGCUAUUAUGACUCCAAUGGUGCCGCAGCCGAUGAACCCGAUAUGCCUAAUUUCGAUGCCAUGCCAGACCCCCAACAUCACGCCCCGAUUGAUGAGAUGGGCCUAGAAACAACACCGGUUAAGAGACCAGUUCAUGGGCCGAAUUCUCCACCUGGGGACUACUCGUAUCCUCCCAACGGGGUGGAGGCUAUGCGCUCCCAAUCUCAACCAAAUUUCCAACAAGCGGAGGGUGCCAAUCAGUUUGAAAAUGCGGGAUUUCAGUUUGGCAUUCCUGGAGAGACUUCCCUUGCCCCCGCUUUCGACCACUCAAACCCUGCAGGGCCGAGAUGUCAGAUCCUCACCAAAAUCCCGAUGCUCUUCCUCACCAUCCAGCCCCGUUCCGCCUCGGCCAUGAUCAAGGGCCAAAGCCUGCGCCGGUUCGGCAGUAUAACGCUCCUGAAACCAUACCGGCCCCCCGCUGCUCCACAGCCAGCGAUGGUGCCCGGUGGAGCGGCUCAGACACCAGUCACAAUUGAAGAAAUACAGCGCCUGCAACAGCAGGCGCGAGGCAAUCCUUCUGAUCAGAAGACUCAACUUUUACUCGCCAAAAAGCUGGUCGAGGCAUCCACAGUUCUAGUAGGGGACAACAGCAGACUCGACCCGAAAACUAAAGCCAAGGCCAAGGAGAAAUAUGUGAUGGAUGCGCAUAAGAUUCUCAAAAAGUUGGUUACAGCCGGAUACUCUGAAGCCCAGUUUUUCCUGGCUGACUGCCACGGCGAGGGCCUACUGGGCCUAGAAGUCGACCCCAAAGAAGCCUUCUCACUGUACCACUCUGCCGCGAAACAAGGUCACGCACAGUCUGCAUACCGUGUGGCUGUAUGUUGCGAGAUCGGUCAGGAGGAAGGUGGCGGUACCAAACGUGAUCCAUUUAAGGCCGUUCAAUGGUACAAGCGUGCCGCUGCACUCGGUGAUACACCCGCCAUGUACAAAAUGGGAAUGAUUAAUCUAAAGGGACUGCUCGGUCAAGCUCGAAACCCCCGGGAGGGUGUAUCAUGGCUCAAGCGGGCGGCUGACCGGGCAGACGAGGAAAAUCCACAUGCUCUCCACGAGCUUGCCCUCAUGUAUCAGAACGCCGGAGGCAAUGACAUCAUCGUCCGCGACGAGCAGUAUGCCUCCCAGCUAUUCCACCAAGCUGCCGAGUUGGGCUACAAGUUCUCUCAAUUCAAACUUGGUACUGCCUACGAAUACGGCCUCAUGGGAUGCCCCAUUGACAACCGCACGAGUAUAAUCUGGUAUACUCGUGCAGCAGCGCAGGGUGAACACCAGAGUGAACUUGCCCUUAGUGGCUGGUAUCUCACCGGAUCAGAGGGCAUUCUAUCGCAGAACGACACCGAGGCCUAUCUGUGGGCUCGUAAGGCCGCCACCGCAGGUCUUGCCAAGGCAGAAUACGCUAUGGGAUAUUUCACCGAGGUCGGAAUUGGCUCUGCUGCCAACCUAGACGACGCAAAGAGAUGGUACUGGCGUGCAGCUGCCCAAGGAUUCCCCAAGGCUCGUGAGCGUCUUGAAGACCUUAAGAAAGGUGGAAGCCGAAUGCAAAAGACUCGUCUCUCUCGCUCGGCUGUUAACAAGCAGAGUGAUGGGGACUGCGUUCUCAUGUAA